AUGAAUCUUGAUAACGAAACUGGAUGUAAUGUUGAUCAAUUAGUUGAAACGUUGCAAUUUUACGAACAACAAAUAUCGAACCUAACGGAAUCUAUCGAGAGUCGAAAUGAAGGUCAUGCUAGAAUGGAGACGAUGCUUAUGAAUCUAAUCAGUGAGAAAAUUGGCGGCGUUCCCCCUCCUCUGAUGCCGGAAAAUGCUACCGCGAAGGCAAAGGAUGAUGAUUUUAUUUUAACUGUUGGUAGAAUGCAAGAUGAAAUUGAAUCGACCCGUCAAACUCUUCAAACGGCACAAAGAAACGAAGAACUAACAGGAACAGCAUUAGCCCGUAUUGCAGCCUUUAUCACGCAUCAUGAUGAAAAAUACAAAUAUCAUCUUGAUGGAUUGAGGGAAGCUGUUAAGAACUUUCAGAAUGUCUGGAAGAUGAGUGAGGAACAUAAUAAACAGUUAAAAUUGAAACUGAAAAUGCCCCCGAAUGAGAACCCUGUUAAUGCAACCACGUUAAUGCCUGGGAAGACUCAACUUCAUAAAUCUUUAACGGAGAAAAUGGCACCAUGUUACUUUGAAGCAACUCGAAUAGUAGUUCCAUUGCUGAACUGCAUGACGGCAAUUCUUGACUCACUUAAAAUGAAAGGAGAACUUCGUUUGAAUAAUCGAAAACAACUAGAAGAUGCCCAUCAGACAGCCAGGUCUAAGCUUUUUAAGCAGAGAGAUGUGUUAAAAGAUGUUCGACAAAUGGUUGAUAGCAUGGAAGGAGCCAUAUUGAAACUUCAAGCAGCAAAUAAUGAGAAAAAAGAUAUAUGGGAUAAGUUGCAGGAAGACCUAAUGGAACUAGAAAACUCUCCGAAACUCACGGAUAGUGUAGCCACAACGAAUGAGACAAUACUGGAAUUGUCUAUGGAAAUAGUUGUACUGAAGCAAGCCCUAGAAGAAGCCUCGAAAUUAACCCAGAAGGCUCAAUUCGAAGAGAAAAAAAACGUUGACACGCUAAGGUCCCAAACUCUUGAGCUUGACCAUGCAAAGAACGAGGUUGCUCAUACAAGGCGGGCACUUACAGCAUUGGAGGAAGAGAAAGUGGAAAUUCAGGGACAAAUAGAGGCCAGUCGUGAGAAUAAACGCAAGCAGUUGCAGGAGACUGAAAAUGAAAUACAAAAAGUGAAAGACUUUUAUGAAGAGGAGCAUGAAAUUAAAGAAACUCAAAAGUUGUUUGAAAUGGAAACGCAAUCCUUCAGAGUCUCUCUGGAUGAAGCAAGGAAGCGCUUAAACAUACUGAAGACUCAACUCGAGUCAAAGGCAAGCCAAAAAGCAGUGCUUCAGGAGAAGAAACUGGCCACCGAGGAAAACGUCAAAAACUUAAAAGUAGAUUGGGCGCAUACACGCAAUAAAAUUAUUGAAAUACGCAAGAGUAUUUCUGGACUACAGCAACAAGAAGAAGAAGCUUCAAAAAACUUGCAAUACAUCAAUUUACUUGGAUCCGAUACAGUUUUUUCUUCCUUCCCAAGUGACUUCAAUCCUCAACAAGAAGCAGGUGGUAGGAUUGCGGACGAGAACCUUCGUCAGAUGUUCAUUUUGCAGAAUAAAAAUCUUGUAACGAAGGCUCGAAGAGAACACCGCUGCAGUAAUGUGGCAGCAGGUGUCUCUUGUAUCAGCAGUAAGAACCUUGACAUAGUUCAUGAAUUUGGUGAGAAUAAGGGUUUAGAGCGACCCCGAUCCUCUUCAACCACAACACAAGAACCAUUACAUUCCACGAGUAUUCCUGCCCCUGUUGCUCAUAUACCCUCUUCCAAAUAUUAUUUUGAUGAUCAUUUUUCUACACAUGCAACAGGGCGGGAAUCACGAGAGAAAUCUCCGUUUAUUUCAGCAGAAGAACCACCCAUUGGCACGACGACUCAUAUUUUGCCAGAUGAAAAGAGCGAUUUGUUUUUUUGUUCCCGAAAAAUUGAUAUUCGUUUACCUGAUUUGGGUUCAAGAGGGAAUUCGCCAGAAAAAAGAAAAUCUGCAUUAUUGCCAACGCAAGAAGCAGCAGUAAAACAUUUUUCAGAAUCGCCGACUCGCUUUAACGGAAGUGGUAACAUAAGAAGCCCUCCAGUGAUUGAACGUGUUAACCUUCGUUUACAGGAAAUUCUGAAUAGAAAUCUUUGA